AUGUCUUUCGGUGGUCCAAACAGCACACCUCUCCCUUCCUCUUUUGACGAAAAUGCCGACUUCUACAACGAAAACACCAUUGACAAAAUAUGGCGACGAUUCCGGGAAGAGCCCCUCGUACCCCUCGGCUGCGGCCUCACCGUCUGGGCCAUUGUCGGCGCAACCCGCUCCAUGCGCAAAGGCGAUCAUAAAAUGACGAACUUGUACUUCCGUCGCCGUCUCUACGCACAAGGCUUUACCAUCGCCGUAUUAGUCGCUGGAAACAUGUACUGGCAGAAAGACCGCUUGAAGCGCAAAGAGUACGAGAAGAAGGUUGCGGAGAAGGACCGCAUGGACAAGAGGGACAGAUGGCUGAGGGAGUUGGAGAUGCGAGAUGAGGAGGACAAAGCGUGGAAGGAGAGGAUGGCGAAGAAGGCGAGGGGUGCAGCGGAUGAGGCAGUGGGCGUUACGCAGAUGGUCAAGGAGAAAACCAAGGAGCUCAAGGAUCAAACUGUGGGGAAGUGA